CUGCUGCUGCUGCUGCUGCUGCUGAACAACAUUUAAGAUUGGCAAAGUGCUUUCCAAGAUGAUAACGCUUUAGAUCCUCCCCCACAACUCGGAGAAGGCAAAUGUUUUUAUUAUUUAUCUCCAUAUUAUAAAGAUCACACGGCCAUUAAGGGUCUGGGAAGGAUUUGAACUCAGAAUUUCCCUAACUCCACUUCCAAGGCUGUAUCCCCUGCUCCACCUAGCCCUCUUUUCCUAAAGAAUAAGAAGUUUCAAAAAUAGCACAGCACUUUGACAAGGGCAAGGGCAAAUAAGCUCUCUCCAGCAUUCCCCUGAGUUACAACCUUUCCAGGCCAGCGAGCUUCAGACUUCUUGGUGUCGGUCGGGACCCCUUAAACUCUUAAGAAGUGUUAGAAAAGAAAGCGUCUCGGUAUUAUGCUGAAAACAGGGCGCCCAGACUUCCCUCUGAGAAGUGCAGACUUAUUCUAUCGACGGAUGAUUUGUUCGAGAGUAUAUUUAAGAGUUAAGUAGCCCGGCUGGGACUCGAGCCCAGGCGUCUGCUCGGUGGCCCGGGGUUUCUGCCAGCACUGCGUACCCAGCUUCGGGGGUCGCCCGGACAGACCCGCCCAGCAGGAAGGAGAACAUGCCCCAGUCCGGGUUUCUCCUCCCCCAGUCCGGCCAGCCCCACUCUGGUCCCUCCUCCCGGCCCCGCCCCGCCCUUUUCGGCGCCCCAAACUCCAGACUCCGGGCUACGAGGUCCGCCAGCCCGGGCCAAUCGCGAGGAGGGGACUGCUACCGCGAGCAGGGUUUCCGAGAUCCCGGCGGACCCCGGGCCGAGCAGGAGCCACCCAUUCACUCGAGGGAUACCGUCUAUCAGAACUCCGACGAGGCCGUGGAUGAGGGCCCCGCGUGGGCUACCCCCUGCCUCCGCGCCCAUGUCCACGGAAUGGUUCCGGCGCCGCUUCCUGCACCGGGUCCCCUCCUGGGGCCGGGGCCCCUCCGAGGCACUGGGAUGGAGAGCCGGCCUCGAGGACGCUGUCGGGAGCCCGGAGCCCCCAGCUUGUGGCAGAGCCGGGCCGGCCAGUCCGCUUCCCUACCGGCGGCCCAAGUUCCUGCGUGUCGUCGCGCCGGCCCCCCGGCCUCACCCUUACCCAGAUCCUCAGAGCCGGCCCAGGCCGGUGUACUCUCCGGCCCCGGACCGGCCCCUGCCUUGGAACGCGGGCUACGCUGAGGUUAUUAAUGCAGAGAAGUCUGAGUUCAAUGAAGAUCAGGCAGCAUGUGGCCAUCUCUCCAUCAAGCACAGGGAAUUAGGGGAUGAUGAAGACCAGGAGUGGAUGAUCCUGUGCCAGGAGGAGUACGUCACCGGCUGCUACUGGGCGCUGUUUGAUGGUCACGGGGGCCCCGCCGCGGCAGUCAUGGCCUCCAAUAUCUUGCACGGCUGCUUGCGGGCAAAGCUGGAGGACAUAGUGGAGGGUAUCCUGGCCCCCCAACCUCCUAUGCACCUCAGUGGCUGCCGCAUCUGCCCCAGCGACCCCCUCUUUGUGGAGGAGAAAGGGAUCCAGGCACAAGAUCUGGUGAUUGGAGCCAUAGAGAAGGCUUUCCAGGAGUGUGACACAGUGAUUGGGCAGAAGAUGACAGCCACUGGCCAGUCUGGGGGCUGCACAGCUCUGGCCGUCCUCUACCUGGAGGGGAAGCUCUAUGUUGCCAAUGCUGGGGAUAGCAGGGCCAUACUUGUGCAGAGAAAAGGCACGAGAGCUCUGAGCUCUGAAUUUACUCCCGAGACAGAGAGACGGCGAAUCCAGCACUUGGCCUUCACUCAUCCCAGACUUCUGGCUAAUGAGUUUACCCGGCUGGAGUUUCCCCGGCGCUUGAGAAGUGAAGAUUUGGGACAGAAGGUUCUCUUUCGAGACUAUAAUAUGAAUGGCUGGGGCUACAAACAAGUGGAGAAAUCAGACCUCAAAUACCCACUGGUUCAUGGACAGGGCAAGCAGGCUCGUUUGCUGGGUACACUGGCUGUGUCCCGAGGACUGGGAGACCAUCACCUGAAGGUCCUGGACUCAGAUAUCCACAUCAAACCCUUUCUUCUCUCCAUUCCCGAGGUCACUGUAAUAGAUCUAGAACAGCAGGAGCCCGAGGAGGAGGAUGUGAUCAUCAUGGCCACUGAUGGCCUCUGGGACGUCCUGGCUAAUGAACAAGUAGCCCAGCUAACACAUACCUUCCUCCAGAACAACAGACAUGACCCUAACAGGUUCUCAGAGCUGGCCAAAUUGCUGAUCCACAGAACACAGGGCAGAGAGGAAGGCACCUGGCAACAGAGCUCAGUUGGGGAUGUGCUAGUGUCCUAUGAUGACGUCUCUGUGUUUGUGAUUCCUUUGUACCAUAAAAAACAAAAAAGUAGGGAUUCCUGACGCCUUCCACUACUGGCUAAACCCCUCUAGGGGACAAGCAAAAUGAGGACUCCAUCUCUUCUUGAAACCUGGGACAAAGGGGCAACCUAAGGAAAAAUUCAGGAGUGGGCUACCUCAAGAGGAGUGGAGGAGAACCAUUAGUUUUAAGUCCAGCCCAAACCUGUGCCUCAUUUUGUUACAGCAGGCUCAGAACUAAAUGCAUUAUGAACCACAAUGACAUAUCUUGGCUCUUGUUCUCACACAAGCUUUCCCAAGGACCCGGGGACAUCUCUGGAUAAUUUAUUCCAUGAAACAAGUUCAAGAGACUUUUAAGAGACAGUUUACUCUGGAGAAGGAUUCCUGUCAAUAAAAGCCCCUACUUAAGGGUUACAGAGAAGGAGGGCUGAAAGAGCAAGGACUUUAGACUUUUGAUGGGUGGUUCACUUCCCAUUCUUUGUCUCCUCAAAGUUUCUUCCUUCAUUUGUCCAACCUUACUUGAGGAGAGGAUGGAGUUACCUUUUCCUUAAGAAGACAUCAUAAAACUCCAUGAUCCUGGUCAAGAAGUUUCUUUAUGCCUCCAGGAUCUAUUUCCCUGGACCUCCGAUUCAAAACAUUUUAUACAUGGGUAAAGCUCCAGAAUGGUCUUCUCUAUGCUACUUAAAUUAUCAUAUACAUUAAAGCCAGGACUGAAAAUACAAACUUAUUAACUAGCACAAGCCAAUUUGUUUUUUGUCUUUGUAAGGUCAUCUAGCUUUGUCAGAAGCAGUUGCUAUAGAGAUGGAGGUAUAUGUUUGACCCAUGCUUUCUUACCUUAUAAUUUAUAAGCACCAAAAUGCUUAUCUAGAAAUCUCACUUAUUAUAUAAUGUUGGAAAUAAAAGAUUCCUUCCUGAUAAGCUUUUUAAUUCCAUUUUACAGAAGGAGACUCAUUCACUUACCCACCCAUCCACCCACCCCAAUCCAGUGUCUUCCCACCAGAGCUUGAGCCAGAUUGGCAGGAAACAGACUUCCGAGAUAUCCCAAAUUCUAUGAACAAAAAAAGGGAUUAAUUUUACUUAUAGGUGAAGUCCUAUUGUAAAAAUUUAUAAAUAAUUCUAACAGGCUAAAUAUUUUGUCUACCUGGCCAUUAGUGAUUUGGGGUACUACAGGGAACCUUUGAAGUGACAGCUGAAGAGGCCAAAAGUGAAGCAGACAUAAACAUUUGUAGAAUAGCAGUUCCCCAUAGAAUAACAUAUUUGCUGCUGAGAAUGUGCUAAUUAAGGAAAACUUGUCAUCAUCCUUUUGAAAAGGGGGAUGGGGGGGAGAAGAGAAGAAAUAUCAUAAUUUUAAAAUGUUUCCAUUAGAUGGAAAAGCUAGACCUCAGUGAAAAACAGGGAAAAAAAAUACUUCCAUUACAAAAAGCUUACAGGUACAGAGUAUUGCACAUUCAUUCUGUCAGAUUAAAUGUUAACUGGUUUUGCUAAAAUGUUUCUUUUUAAUGUAUUUUAAAAACUUUUUAGAGAAGGUAAAAUUGAGAUGUUUAACUCAACAAAAGAAAAAUUCUUGUAUUCUUAUCUGUGCUAAACUUCUCAUGUCACAUUCUCCAUCAGCGCAUUCUGGGUGCCAGGUAGUAGACAAUGGUAAGUGCCAAUCAAUUAUCACUGUAGUCACUCUCCUGGAGACCAUUCACAUUCCUAGCCAUCUAUAGUCCAAAAUAAUUUGCCUUGGCCUAUCCUGUUCCUUUGUUCAGCUUUGGCCUCCUAUCCUUCUCAGCAUCACAAAGUGUCAAAGAUCAAAAUGCUAGGGAAAUGCAAAUUAUUAGAAGACACUUCCUCCCAACUGUGUCCCAAAUAUCCCCAACUUGAGUUAUUUAAGGCUUAUCUAUCAGCUGCACAGGAGAGAGUAGAUGUAGGUGGUCACCAGUACUGAUUAAGAAUGGGCUAGAAGUCACGAAAAAGGAUUUUUAGGCUCAUAAGAGCUUUGAACAUGAGAAAAAUUGAAGGAUGGAGUGAGUGCUUUGUGCAACUUAUGGAUGUGCUGAUUGGCCUUACAUAGUAACCAUAAAAAUCUAUUCCCAAUAGUAUUAUUAAUACUCUUUCAGUGGGAAGAGCUAACCUUUACUAAAAAAAAAAUAAAUAAAUAAAAUAAUAAAAUUGAUUGGUAGACUUAAUUCUUUACAAAAAGAACUGGUGAGAAUCCUUUUACCUCCACCUCCUAUGCCCAUCCCAACUUCUUUUGGAAACAACAGACUCAGAACUCUGCUUUCCCUAGCCUAUACACCUCUUCCCUUAGGCAAGUGAUUUUCCCUAAAGCUUUAAGACAUCUCCCAAACACCUAUGGCAUGAACUGUGGUCCUCUCCAUCCCCAAAGCAAAUGGAUACCACCUCUAAGACCUAACUAGUUCUCUCUACACUGUACUUUCCAUCUAACCCUCUAAAGCAAGGGAAAACCACAUCUUUUGUUGAACGUACAUUGAGCAAUGGAUAUGGAGGGACCCCUCCCUUGUUACUAAACAAAAGUAAAUAAGUUAUUACUCCAGAACUGUUAACCUUACUCCUUGAUCUCCUACUCCAACCUGGUGGCUUAAAGAUAGUAAGAAUCUAAUGUAUUUUUUUUUAAAAAGCCAACCUGCACUGCCUGAUGUAGACAUAGCCUUAUUUAUGUCCCCUACUUGAAAUGUGUCCCCUUUCUACCUAGCCCUAAAAAGGCUACCUUCCCACCACAUACUGACUUCUACCAUUAAAAAAAAAAAAAACCACUCCUUUCAACAUAGGAGAAACAUAACUUUCUCUUCUUAUUUACCCCUGAAGGAAUGCAAAGAACACAGAUACAAGCAAUAAGUGUGCACAAUAUAAUUAGCACAGAGGCUAUUUACAAACUGAAACCACUGGUUUGGGAAUCACAAUUUCUGAGACAUUAUCAUGCAGAGUGACUUUUGUUCACACCACAUGCGCAAAGACAGACUGGGCUGGAGUACAACAGGGACUAAUACUGGAGAGGUUUCCACUAUAAAGACUGGGAAAAUACAGAGUAGUGGCUCUCGUGAGCUUGCCAGUGAUCAUCUGAGGGAGCCAAUCAAUGGUCUCCAGGUUAGGCAGCAACCGUGCUAGUUUUCCAAAAAAUGUAAAAGGAAAAGAGGGAAAACUUUCUAAUACUUGUGGCAACACUCUCAGGCAGAAAAACAGGCUGUUUCUCAUCUCAAAGGUGAGAGCAUUUCUCCUGUGGCCCAGGCCCAGCUAAAAAAUCAACACCACCAAGAAUCAGGUGAGAACAAGAGAUCAUAAAACUAUUGUACUAAAGCCUGAUGUUACAACGUGUAAGUUUUGUUUUAAAACGAAGGUGCACACACAGAGCUGAAAUGUAAAAUAAGAAAAAGUCAUAUAAAAAGGCUAGACACUAACAAAAAUACAAGCCCAGAAUCAGCUUUGUGGGGUUGGGUGGCUGGAGAAAGGGGUAGGACUAUCUGCAAGUUAUUUACAGGAUUUCUUUUUUUGGGAUUGGGGGGAAGGAAGGCAGAGGAAAGAAAGCAGUGUAAACAAUUUGGACUCAUUCCACAAUACUGGCCCACAUGAAAUAGUUAUUGAUUUCUAAAGUAAAAAAAUAGGCUCCCACCCCCACCCC